CUGGGUUCUGGGGCAAUUUCUAAUCGGGCCCACUUCUCAUAAUUCACGUAUUGGGUCCAACGGGCCAAAGCCCAUCAUCCAAGGUCCAAAAAUCAAGAGGCCAAUUUCAGUCAUGAACCUUUAAUGCCUGGGAAAUCGCUUCCUUGUCGUAUCUAUCUGACCAUCUUUCUCUCCCAUAGUCCCAUGGAAGCAGUUUCGAGUUCAGCUCUGCAAAUACAGAGAUUCAAAGAGAAUUCCUUGCUAAUCCACACUCCCAAAACGAGCAACAAGCAUUGUGCUUUACUGAGAGUCGGUCCGAGUCUGUGCAAUACGCCGUACUUGCGCGUAUCGCGGGUUUCAGCCCUCGCGCAUGAGGUACCAGAUGAGGACAGCGGCAAGGAGGGUUCUCGAUUGAACAACGAUAAUGGGGUUCUGGGUUUGGUUCCUGAAGAAAUUACAUUGUUAUCUGAGUCCGUCAAUGGAUAUUUCAAAUGGCUUGUUCGGCUUUGUUGUGAUGGCGUCUCUCAUAUCCUGAAGGGUGAUACAGACGUAACAGACCUCAAACAGAGUAGUGAAAAGGAUGUAAAAUUCACUUCACCGCAAUUUAUGGUCUCGUAUGGAAACAUAAGUGGAGGAGGCACAAGAGCUGGGCUUUUCAGAACACCCAUAUCUGGUGGAGUGCAGAGUGCAACAUCUGCUCAUGGCUUACCUAGACCAGCCUUAGCUGUUAGGAAUCUAAUGGAACAGGCUAGAUUUGCUCACCUGUGUACUGUGAUGUCACGUAUGCACCACCGUCGAGAAGGUUAUCCGUUUGGUUCACUUGUAGAUUUUGCUCCGGAUUCUCUCGGACAUCCAAUUUUUUCGUUCUCGCCAUUGGCUAUACACACUAGGAACUUGUUAGCGGAUCCAAGAUGCACCUUAGUUGUACAGAUUCCUGGAUGGAGUGGCUUGUCAAAUGCACGAGUGACAAUCUUUGGCGAUAUAUACCCCCUUCCUGAAGACAAGCAGGAGUGGGCUCAUAAACAGUACAUAGCAAAACACCACCAAGGACCUUCUCAGCAGUGGGGAAAUUUCUACUACUUCCGCAUGCAGAACAUAAGUGAUAUAUAUUUUAUUGGAGGCUUUGGGACUGUUGCUUGGGUUGAUGUUAAUGAAUAUGAAACCAUUCAACCCGAUAAGAUUGCCGUUGAUGGGGGUGAACAGAAUUUAAAGGAACUAAAUGCGCUAUUUUCAAAGCCUCUGAAAGAGCUUUUGUCCAAGGAAGCUGAGGUAGAUGAUGCUGCUCUAAUAUCCAUAGACAGUAAAGGAGUUGAUGUUCGGGCUCGCCAAGGCGUCCAGUUUAACGUUCAGAGGAUUUCAUUUGAAGAAUUGCAGGGUGUUGAAACAUUAGACGAGGCAAAGAAAGCGCUUUGGAAUAUAAUCAAUAGAGGCCGAAUACCGAAUUUGCAAGAAUGAGAAAAAUGCACUCUGGUUUAACCGUGUGUACUAAGACAGUGAAAAGGAAGCUGUGAUGAUAACGUCAUUGGAUUUGCAGAUCGACUGUGUGUGAAAUGUGUGAGCUAAUAAGAGACUUCUUGUGGUGUCUGAAUAUUUGAGAACCAGAACUGCUUGAGGUAUGUCAAAGUAGUUUUAUAGUUUGAUGAGUGGCCUUGUGAUGAAUUUUGGAGGCAUUGUGCAAUAAAUUGUGGCUUAGAAUUAAAUUCUAUCUUCAUAUAUCUAAUAUAUCCUGAAGUUAGAAGGAAAAAACGAUGUGUAAAUUUAUGGAGUAGCAGAUGGUUCCCUUAUGAAGUCAUUGUGAAUGAUAUAUUGGACGUGUCGAGAGUGUGUAUUCUCACGCGAUAAUUUCGAGCCUGGCCCAACCCAGCCCAAAAAAGGAUGGCUUGGGCUUCUGUUUAUUGGUCCCAAAAAGGCGGGCCUG